AUGGAUAAUCAGCAAUCGACUAAAAUGCCUAAACCGUUCGAUACUGAUCCGGAUUUGAAUGCAACAUCUACGGAUACAAAUACGAAUCCACAACAAUUUAUACUUCAAGAAGAGGAUGGAUUCAAACCAGAAGAUGAUUAUCGACAAGAAUUAAUGAAAGUUCAAGAUGAAAUUGUAACCUUACGUCAAGUACUUACUGCUAAAAUAAAACGUGAAAAUGAACUCAAAACAUUAUUAGGCGUUGGCUUUGUUGAUGAACUUAAACAAGAUUGGAACGCAACUGUUCACGAUAUUAAAGCAUCAACAGCCUAUCAAAAGACAGCUGACACAUUCCAUGCUGCAUCGAAUAAACUUGCGCCAGCUUUACAGACGGUUAAUACAACCGUUAAAUCACGUUUUGGAACUUUUAGAAAUUCCAAUUAUUUCAAAACAUUUGAGAAUACAUUUGGUUCAACUGUUACUGCUGUUAAAUCAAAAAUGACAUCAUCAAAAUCAGCAAUGCACUUUAAUGGAAACGACAAGAACGAUAUGAAUCAAGGCGCUACAAGCGGAACAAUGCCUACGAGUGUAACACACGAUGAAUAUCUUAAUUUUGGUGAUAGUUCACAAGAAAAAAAAGAUUUAGCAAAUAAAUAA